CCUGCACAUCUCAUUUCUCUCCACUGAAUCCUUCCCGCUGCACGGAGCUGCUGAUGAGCUGCAUGGUCCAUCCCUGGAUCCUCCAAGCACUGACUCCCACCCACUCUGACCACAACCAGGGGGUCACAACGCACCACCUGCCCAGCGCCCACCCAUGAAGGUGAGCACCGUGUUUCCUCAUUUUUCCGCACAGACCAAUGGACCUGUCCCAUGUGAGAUCAGUGUCAGUGCAGUGAUCAUACAUAUUGUGACACUGCUCAUCUGCCUCUGUGGGCUGGCUGGGAAUGGGGUUGUCCUCUGGCUCCUCAACAUUAAUACCAUCACCAACUACAUCUUCAACCAGGCCACCAUGGACUUCCUCUUCCUCAUCUUCAUGGUCCCUUCCACCCUGCUCUUCCUGCACGAGGAAGUGUCCUGCUCCACUAUAAUGCCUUGGAUGUAUUUUAGCUUGCUUUUCCAGCUGUCCCAGUUCUCCUACAACAUAGGGCUGUACCGGCUGACAUUCAUCAGCUUUUACAGGUGCAAAUCCAUCCUCUGCCUGGUUUUCUGUGGUUGCCAACUUCCCCUGCGCCUGUUGCGGGCGAUGAGGACUACCCUGUUCUGGGCCUUCUUCUUUGUUUUCAUCUUUGUCAAUCCCAUGGUGACUUCCCAGUGCCAGUCACAGGAACAGGAGCAUUGCCAGGUGGCUCUCCUCUCCAUGUAUGUUCUCAGCUUCUUCCUGUUUGCUACACCCAUGCUCAUUUCCAGCAUAAUUGUCUUCGUUCAUUUCAAACGUGGCUCCCAGCAGCGGGAACAGAAGAGGCUCGACAUCGUCAUCUUCCUCACUGCACUCCUCAGUCUGCCCCUCAGUCUCUUGUAUUUACUGCAGCAGCUCGAGUACGUGUUUGUGUCCACCCAGGUGAUUUUUCUAUUAACCUGCAUCAACAGCAGCAUCAAACCCUUCAUCUACUUCUUGGUGGGGAGCUGGAAGGCAGACUACUCCUUAGAGAGCUGCUGGAGAGACUGCUCCAUCGACAACUGCAGGAGUCACAUCUCCAUGCAGUCCCUAAGGAUGGCCCUGCAGAGGGUGUUUGAGGAGCCAGAAGAAAACACUGCUACCAGCAAUGAAAACACUGCCUCCAGUAAUGAAAACACCUACUCCAGUGAUGAAAACACUGCAUCCAGUGAUGAAAACACUGCCUCCAGCAAUGAAAACACUGACCCCAGUGAUGACAACACUGCCUUCAGUGAUGAUGCCAUCAUGGACACAGCGGUCUGAGCCUGUUGAUCCCCUCCGCUGCUCUGCUGAAGGACCCUGGGACAGUGGCUGAGGGAUUCCUUGAGUCACCUGAUCAAUAAAUAUCCACAGGAUCACCCUCCCUGUGCUGGUGCAUCCCCCACCCCCUUUUCAGGCCACACUGGACUCUCCUACAGCCUUGUGAGGCCUCAGCCUUGAGGAGCAGGCCCUGGGCUCAGCUCUUCUGGCACUGAUCAGAAAUGCCCUCUGCUCCCAGGAACUGCUGCUCUCCAACGACCUGCUGAGGUUUUGUGAACAGCCUUGGAAAUGAUUUUACAUCCCUGAAUGGCACAACAUCCCUGUUCUCACACUUCCACAGGAAGCUGCUGGCCCAAAGUGUGGCCAGGGUGAAACAUUGUUGUGACUGAAGCCCAUCUCCUGGGGCCCUGUGAACAGCAGUCCAAAAGGAGACCCUUGGAGCUCUGCUGGGCCCCAGCAGCGCUGGCCAGAACCUCCCUCGCACUGGGGCCUCUCCGAGCUGGGACCUCUCCCAUUUGCUGCCCUCAGGGAUGCCCAAACAUCGACAGAUCCUAAACCGAUCCCUGCACUGCUCCAGGCUCAACCCUUGGCACAGCGAGGAGAUGCAAAGGCAUCCGGAGUGAGCAUUUCACUGCCUCCAAGGGGAAUUUCCCACAGGGACCUUGCACUGACUCUUUCUGUCUGGGUGCACACACGUGUGCAUCUGCUACAGCAAAUGUGGGAGAAAUGCUGCUCUCUCAGGUGUUUUAGUACCUGAGACAUCUGAGCAAGCCAGACCUGUAAGCGAGGUUAAGUCAUGAGAUACCAUUUCAGCUAAAUAGUGUUAAGUGUUAUUUCUUUGCUAAAUUGUUCAUUUUAAGGUACAAAAGCAUGAAUAGCUGGAAAAGCAGAGACACUGCUCACAGUGCUUGGUGGAGUGGGGCAGGAACAGGGCUCACAUAGGGGAAAAGAUGGCUCUGGAAAAAGACUGAAAGUUGUCUGGAGGGGUCCAGAAGAGUCAGAGGGUUUAAGAAGGGUCUGGAGGAGGUCAGGAAGGGUCUGGAUGCCAUUGAUUCCAAAUGUCCCACCUGGAGAGUAGCAGAACCCAAUGAGCAGUGCUUCAUGGAGUGGAGCAGCCAUGGGA